UCUAUCCAGGAAGCCGAUCCAACUGUUCGGGGGGAAAGCAGCGUAAACAAACUUGUCAUUUCCUCAGCUCUUGAACGGCAACUGCGACCAGCCACCAAAGUGAACACUUUUUCUCCUGACCCUCUCGUCCUUUUAACCAUCGUAUGAACCCGGAAGAGGACGUCUAAAGCCGGACAGACUUCUCCAAAAGCCAAGAAAAAACAUGUCUGAUUCCAUUCUGCUUCUCCUCAUCGUCGUCCUCCUGGUGUGUUUGCUGGUGACACUGGUGGGCUUCCUGGUGUAUUCCGGCCUGCUGGCGGACGUGGUGAUAAAGACCGGGCCGCCUCCAGUUCGAAAUGUCACCAUUGCUUAUAAGUUCAAAGAGGGACCGUACAAGGAGUGCGGGGCGGCUUUCGCCGAGCCUUGCAGCAUUGGACCCAAGCAGAGAACCAUUGCUAUCUACUACGAUGACCCCAAGCAGAGACCUGCGGAGAAGUGCCGCUACGUCGCAGGCAGCGUUCUGUGUGAAGGGGAGGAGAAGCCGGACGAAGAACUGCAGAAGCUCUACGAGAGGUUUGGCUUCAAGGUGUUCUCUCUGCCAGAAGUUAGCCACGCCGUGACCACCAGCUUCCCCGCCACGACACCGCUGUCCUACAUUCUGGCACCUUUCAGGGUCUACCCCAAGCUCACGGCCUACAUCGAGGAGAGGAAGCUGUCGGCCUUCCCAAUUAUUGAGAUUUGUGCGUCGGUCGUCGCCAAUUACAUGGUGCCGCUGUCCCGCCAGACUGAUUUCUUUGUUCCAGAGGUGAGGGAUGAGGUGAAAGCAGACGUGAAAGAAGACGACUCUGAUGAAGACAGAGGAACUGACAUCACAGGUGCCGACUCGCACAGCGACGUGAGCUCGGGCAGCGGGGGCGUGCCCUGGGACAGCCGGGAGACCUCGCUGGCCGCAUCCACCGCCGCCUCCCUGGCCUCGUCCCUGCCGCUGAGGGACGUGAUGGACGCGGCGCACGGAGACACCAAGCACGCCAGAGACGGCAGCGAGCCGGGCUCGGACGUGUCGCUGGGCAGCGGCUCGUCCUUCGAGGAGCUGGCCGUGGCUCAGGAGGGCGAGGAGCGGGAAGGCAGGGAGGAGGAGGACGUCCCUGAGGGAGGGGAUAGAGAAGAUGCUGAACUUUUGGAGGAGGAGGAGGAGAAGAAGAAGGAGCCUUUGGGGGACGGCGGCGAGGAGUGACGAUGCGGAGCGAUGAGUGUUGUUGUGGUUUCUGUCACGUCAUCUUGACUCUUUUAAUUCUCCCUACUUUUUGUCUCAUAAAAGCUCAUAUUCCCAGCUUGUACCUGAAGGCCUCACUCAAGUCCCUUCAUUAGGCACACCUGCACCACCUAAUGACAUCCAAGACAAGCGCUGCCUUUAAAAGGAUCACCACGCCACGUUUGGAUUCUUUUUAGUGUUUGUUGGGGCGACUUUGGGCGUUUUCGAUGUCUUUCUAUUCCACAUAAACUACAAUAUAAAGGAUUAUGGGACUAAUUCAUGCACAGGAUGAUGCGUAUUGUAACUUUUCCCCCAACCUCAUUUUCCAAAAAUUACAACUUUGUUUUGUUUUGUUUGUUUCUCAUAAUAUUCCAACAUAAAAAAAUUAAUAAAAUUCUAGAAUAUUUCAGUUCUAACCCAGUAAAAUGACUUAUUUUUCCUCCUAAUGUUACGCGUUUAUUCUCGGAGAAUUGCAACUUUUUUCUCGUUAGAAUGCAACUUUUUGCUCUUAAUGUUUUGACUUUAUUCUCCUAAAAUUGCAGCUGUUUUUCUUCCAUUUCUGCUGUUUUUUUCUCACAUAUUACAGCUUUCUUUUUGUAAAGUUUCUUCUAAGAAUUCUAACUUUAUUCCCAUAAUAUUUUGACUUUAUUCUUGUAACAUUAGAACUUUUUUCCACAACUUGAUUUUCUUUAUUUUUUUGUUUUAGUACAACUUUAAAAAAAUAUUUUUUUGUUAAUAUUGAAAUAAUUUUUCCUCAUAAUAUUACAAGUUUAUUCUCGUAAAAUUGCAACUUUUUUCUCGUUAGAAUGCAACUUUUUGCUCUUAAUGUUUUGACUUUAUUCUCCUAAAAUUGCAGCUGUUUUUUCCAUUUCUGCUGUUUUGUUUUCCACCUAUUCCAACUUUCUUUUUGUAAAUUUUCUUCUCAUAAUUAUGACUUUAUUCCCACAAUAUUUUGACUUUAUUCUCAUAACAUUAGAACUUUUUCCACAACCAGAUUUUCCAAAAAUUACAACUUUAUUUUGUUUUGUUUAUUUCUCAUAAUAUUCCAACCUUUACAAAAACAUAUUUUUUUUCUUUCAUAUUUAAACUUUAUGCUACUAAAAUGUUAUUUUUCCCUCAGAAUAUUAUGAUUUUACUCUUCUAGUAUUACGACAUAUUACAACUUUUUUGUCUUGAUAUUUGACAUGUUCUCUUAUUUUGUCUACCAUAUUGGGUAAUAAGCAGGUAAGUUACUUCACGUCUCGAGGGCUCUAACAAUGUUAAAAAGCGUAUUUAGAAGGUAAUAAACAGGUUUUCUACGCUCUAACUACAAAAAUAUUCAAUUUAUGAAAAAGGAAUCCUACUUUGUGGAAAUUCACUUACCGGAGUCGUGUGUGGAGCCAAUGAGCCGCCAUAAAGGGGGGGUAACUUUCAUGUGUAUGAGUAUCAGUACUUGCCCCUUUCAUAAUUUGUUAUGCUGGCAAAGUACUAGAAAGCAGUGGUGGAGUACAACACUGCAAUCUACAGUAAUAAAUGGGUUAAAAAAACGCAGCUUUUGUGUGGAUGUGAUGAGAAAGUGGAGGUGGGCGUACCUAAUAAAGAGUCCAGUGAGAAGAGCAGUCGGCAUAUUGAGUUGAAUUGACUUUGAAUUCCCCCCAUGGACGCGAUGUACAGCACAUGCUUGUCUGCCAGAAUAAAACAUUUCACUUCCUCUUUUGAAGAGUGCGUUUCUUGCAAAGGAAGUGUUCCUCGACGUGUGCGCCGAUGGCUUGUUUGACUUCUUAGCGUCAUCCAAUGACUUCAUCUGCGCUCUUAGAAGCCGCCUCCUGUUCAGACGGGAGCGUUUCAAUCGUUGAUGUCGGGAUUCUUCUUCUUGUGUCACCUUGACGUGUUUGUGGGACGAUGCUGCACGUCUGCACAGAAGGAUGCUUGAUGGACGCCCAUCUGCCUCCUGUCUGCUAAUGAGCGUCAUGACCUACACUGCAAACUCUUGUCGUUACAUCCACCGCAGUAAAUACCACAGCUGCUGACCAGCUGUGCAGGACACACGUCCUCCCUGCAUGUCCUCCCCGUGUCUUCUACACACCGCAUGUCCUCCCCGUCUUCCGCACCACAUAAUCUCACUACAUGACGUGUCCUCUGCACCAGCGGUCAAUUGACCAAAUGACCUCGGCCCGGGACCCACAUUUUGCAGUGGUCAUUAAGUCACGACCAACAAGUCAUUUCUAUUUGUAUUUUAUUAUUUAAAUUCCAUUAUUGUUAGACUUUCAUUGGGGCAUUUUUGUUUUUAUACAUUUUUACACUUUUAUUGAAGACCUUUUUAUUGUUACUUUUUAUACUUUUAUUUGUCAUUUUUAUUUUCAUGUUUAUAAAUGUUCACACUUAUUUAAGUCGUUUUUAUUAGUUUUUAUACUUUUAUUUAAGACAUUU